CCCGUCAGUCAGUGAAGCAGUCGGUUCGAGCGGCGGUCUGCUCUCCAACUCUUUUGGGCGGCGCCCUCCGUCCUCCUUCUUGGUCAGCGGCGGCGGCUGCACCGGCGGAGGUGCGGUCCUUUCAGGAGGUGCGGGCAGGAGCUGAGCGGCAACUGCGGAGAGUCGAGUCCAGCGCAGCGGAGGCGGCGGCGGCGGCGGCCCGGCAGCCAACAUGGCGGCGGCGGCGGCGGCGGGCGCGGGCCCAGAGAUGGUCCGCGGGCAGGUGUUCGAUGUGGGGCCGCGCUAUACCAACCUCUCGUACAUCGGCGAGGGUGCCUAUGGCAUGGUGUGCUCUGCUUAUGAUAAUGUCAAUAAAGUUCGAGUAGCUAUCAAGAAAAUCAGUCCUUUUGAGCACCAGACCUACUGCCAGAGAACCUUGAGAGAGAUAAAAAUCUUACUGCGCUUCAGGCAUGAGAACAUCAUUGGAAUCAAUGAUAUUAUUCGAGCACCAACCAUUGAGCAAAUGAAAGAUGUAUAUAUAGUACAGGACCUCAUGGAAACAGAUCUAUACAAGCUCUUGAAGACACAACACCUCAGCAAUGACCAUAUCUGCUAUUUUCUUUACCAGAUCCUCAGAGGGUUAAAAUAUAUCCACUCAGCUAAUGUUCUGCACCGUGACCUCAAGCCUUCCAACCUGCUGCUCAACACCACCUGUGAUCUCAAGAUCUGUGACUUUGGCCUGGCCCGCGUUGCAGAUCCAGACCAUGAUCACACAGGAUUCCUGACAGAGUAUGUAGCCACACGUUGGUACAGGGCUCCAGAAAUUAUGUUGAAUUCCAAGGGCUAUACCAAGUCCAUUGAUAUUUGGUCUGUAGGCUGCAUUCUGGCAGAGAUGCUCUCCAACAGGCCUAUCUUUCCGGGGAAGCAUUAUCUAGACCAGCUGAACCACAUUCUGGGUAUUCUUGGAUCCCCAUCACAGGAAGACCUGAAUUGUAUAAUAAACUUAAAAGCUAGAAACUAUUUGCUUUCUCUUCCACACAAAAAUAAGGUGCCAUGGAACAGGCUGUUCCCAAAUGCUGACUCCAAAGCUCUGGACCUACUGGACAAAAUGUUGACAUUCAACCCUCACAAAAGGAUUGAAGUAGAGCAGGCUCUGGCCCAUCCAUAUCUGGAGCAGUAUUAUGACCCAAGUGAUGAGCCCAUCGCUGAAGCACCAUUCAAGUUUGACAUGGAAUUGGAUGACUUGCCUAAGGAAAAGCUCAAAGAACUCAUUUUUGAAGAGACUGCUAGAUUCCAGCCAGGAUACAGAUCUUAAAUUUGUCAGGACAAGGGCUCAGAGGACUGGACGUACUCAGACAUCGGUGUUCUUCCCAGUUCUUGACCCCUGUUCCUGUCUCCAGCCUGUCUCGGCUUAUCCAUUUUGAUUCCUUUGAGCCGUUCGGAGGGGCGGUUUCUGGUAGUUGUGGCUUUUAUGCUUUCAAAGAAUUCUUUCAGUCCAGAGAAUUACUCCUGGCACCCCUGUGUGUGUCACCCGUCAGUGACCUGCGGCAGUAUGUACUUCCAGUGCACCUACUGCUUACUGUUGCUUUAGUCACUAAUCGCUUUCAGGUUUGAAAGAUGCAGUGGUUCCUUCCUCUCCUGAAUCCUUUUCCACAUGACACCCUGCCGACCCAUGCAGCCACACCAGAGAGAGAUUCUUUCCAAACUGGCUCCAGUCACUGGCAUCUCACUUUAAGAUAGGGAAGGCUACUACCUAGGGCACUUUAAGUCAGUGACAGCCCCUUAUUUGCACUUCACCUUUUGACCGUAACUGUUUCCCCAGAGCAGGAACUUGUGGAAAUAAAUACGUUGGAUGACGUUGCUGCCUGCAGCAAGUGCUUCCAUCUCGGGAAUCUUUUGGGAGCACUUGUCAGUGUCUUUUCUCAUAUCAUGUUAGUCACUAACAUAUUUAAGGUAUGUGCUAUUUGCCCAGCUUUUAGAAAACUCAAUCAUUUUUCUAAAUAAAAAGGACGUACUGCACCCAGCAAAGUCAUUCUGUACAUUUACUGUGAUUACUUGUACCAUUUAUAGAGGUAUAACACUUGCCAAAAUGCGUUACAUGCAGUACUUAAUGUUUGCAAGAUUUACUCAAAAAGAUUUAAAGUGGCAGCUUUGCUUGGUAUUUGGUGAGAGAGAGAUGUACAAAGGUCACAGCACCAAGCUGUGGAAUGUUUCUGGAGAAGUAGCAUGCAUGCUGACCCAGAUGUGCCAGGGUGGAGCUCCACACCCGGUGCACAUAUACCCCCAAGCUCCUUCACAUAUGUGUUUCAGUAUCCACAUUCGAUGCCUGAGGAUUUAGCAGAGAGGAACACUGCGUCUUUAAAUGAGAAAGUGUACAAUUCUUUUUCCUUAUACAGCAUGUCAGCAUCUAAAGUUCAUUUUUCAACCUAUGAUAUAACAAUUUGUAAUAAAGCCUUCAUGAGCUCAUGACAUGAAGCACUGUUCUGUCAUCAAGUACUCUCAAAUAUUUCUGAUACUGCUGAGUUAAGACCAUCAGAAAAUGUUAGCACUAAAUCAUGUUUGGAGCUCUACUAUUUUACUGAUCUCUUUAAGUAUUUGUUCCUGCCACUGUGUACUGUGGAGUUGACUCGGUGUUCUGUCCCAGUGCGGUGCCUCCUUUUCACUCCCCCACUGCUCUCUGUGGUGAGAAAUUUGCCUUGUUCAAUAAUUACUGUACCCUCGCAUGACUGUUAACAGCUUUCUGUGCAGAGAUGACUGUCCAAGUGCCACAUGCCUAUGAUUGAAAUGAAAAAUCUAUUGUUACCUCUGAGUUGUGUUCCACAGAAAAUGCUAUCCAGCAGAUCAUUUAGGAAAAAUAAUUCUAUUUUUAGCUUUUCAUUUCUCAGCUGUCCUUUUUUUUCUUGUUUGAUUUUUGGCAGCAGUGGAGAAUGGGUUGUAUAAAGAUUGCCUGCUAAUAUGAACAGAAAUGCAUUUGUAAUUCAUAGAAAUAAAUGUUAACAUCUUCUAUCUUCACAUUUAUGUUAAGAUUCAGUGUUGAUUUUCUCUGGAUCAGCGUGUCUGAAUGGACAGUCAGGUUCUGUUUGGGCUUAAAACAGAAGUGCUCAUGGGCCUCACUUUGCCAUCCCAGGCAGUGCCCCAAAGCUUUGGUUUACAUAAGAUGAUUUUGAAAGAUGUUUUUAUUGGGUCCUUUUUUUCCUCUGCAUGGCAGAGAGUCAUAGGUCUCAUAUAUUCUGUCAAACCCUGAUGAAGAAGCCCAAAUAUCUCAGGUUGGAUUCUCUGGUUCUCUCUCUCUUGGGCCUGCCUAUGUGCUCCAGAGCUAUUGCUGGGCACAGCUGAGGGCUGGGAAGGGCUGCCCAGCAGCAUGUGGCCCACACCACCCAGCCCAGGGUGCUGACACUCACACCUUAUGUGGCUAAAGAAGGGUGGCUGACUCAUCCUCAGAAAUCAGAACCACAUCUCAAUUCUUACUCUAUAAUACACUCUUCACUUCCGUGCUCAGAGCUGCCAUGUUAAGGUCCACACAGCAUUGACAGGAUACAGAGAUUUGACUGUUAUUUGAUACAUUGAUAAGUCAGUUUUCAUUUUAAAAAGAGCAUUGACAGUUUUAUUACUCUCGUUUCUUUGUACUUUUUAAAUGGAAUGUUAGUAUUAUUAUAAGAUUAAUUUGCAAUCCUCUUCUAAAUAGAAAACCAUAGCCUUGGUUACUAAUGUCUUGGGACUGUGAGCUUUUUCCCAUCCCCUGUGCUGGUACUGUGGAGUCAGAUUGGCAUGAAACCACUAACUGCAUUCUAGAAUUAUUGUAGCCAUAAGUUGUGUGCUUUUUAUUAAUCAUGCCAAACCGAAUUUAACAGGUCAGACCAAGGUACUUGUGAAAAGUACUAGCUAUUAUAUGUAAUAGACUCUUCAUUUUGGCUCUUCUUACAUUUUUAAAAAUGUACAGAUUAGGUUAUCAAAUUCAUAUAGUUGAUACUAAACACCUCCAUUAUUAGUAUGCUCAAAUAAGCUUUCAGACUAAUGGCUUUUUUGGUGGCUAAUAUGUAAGCAAAAAAUAUUGUGGAAACAUUCCUGUCCUUUCAUUUAGUAUGAAAGAAAUACCUAACAAGCCAGUGGGAUGGAUUUGGGAGAACUCAUCAUGAGGACUCUGUCCUGAUACAAGUCUUCAAAGCUGACAGAGACACACAGACCAUUGUGAUGUCUGGGUAGAAGAAUAUUGUUAUAUUUUGUGUUCACACUCAUUCCACACUCAUUUCUUCUGCUUUCUGGCACAGGCAAUGGGUGUGGAUGUUAAUAGUUAACUUUGAGAAGCUACACAUGGCUUGCCAGUGGUUGUCUCUAAGGUAUGCUGCCCGUGCCACAUGCAACAUAAUAUUCAGACCAUUCAGAGGAGACUGUUUUAUCUUUAUUUGCUUAUAUGUUAAUAUGGUUUUUUAAUUGGUAAUUUUUAUAUAGUAUGGUAAUAGUAUGUUAAUACAUACAUACAUAUGCAUACAUGCUUUGGGUCCUUCCAUAAUACUUUUAUAUUUGUAAAUCAAUGUUUUGGAGCAAUCCCAAGUUUAAGGGAAAUAUUUUUGUAAAUGUAAUGGUUUUGAAAAUCUGAGCAGUCCUUUUGCUUAUACAUUUUUAAAGCAUUUGUGCUUUAAAAUUGUUAUGCUGGUGUUUGAAACAUGAUACUCUGUAGUGCAGAUGAGAAGCAUGUAACAGUAAAGUAAACAUGUGGUUUGUCCAGCUGUCAUCCAACUCGACUUGAUGGAUCAGAAACAACUGGGAAUCUGGAGCAAAUUCUCUAGAGUUGCACCAGGUUUACCUAAAGCCUGUUGCCUUUUUUGUGCUGUUUAUCCAGGUAGAGCACUCAAGAAAGUUCUGAAACUGCUUUGUAUCUGCUUUGUACUGUUGGUGCCUUCUUGGUAUUGUACCCCAAAACUCUGCAUAGAUUAUUUAGUAUAAUGGUAAGUUAAAAAAAUGUUAAAGGAAGUUUUUAUUAAGAAUCUGAAUGUUUAUUCAUUAUAUUGUUACAAUUUAACAUUUAUUUGUGCUAUUUGUGAUUUGGUUAAUCUGUAUAAAAAUUGUAAGUAGAAAGGUUUAUAUUUCAUCUUAAUUCUUUUGAUGUUGUAAACGUACUUUUUAAAAGAUGGAUUAUUUGAAUGUUUAUGGCACCUGACUUGUAAAAAAAAAAAACUACAAAAAAACUUAGAAUCAUUAAAUUGUGUCCCUGUAUUACCAAAAUAACAGUAUUGUGCAUGUAUAGUUCACUUGCAAUUUCAUAUGUGAAAGUAUGAAAUCAAUCCUUUAUUACAACAUUUCCCAAAUAAGUGUGUCUUCCUAAUU